AUAGCGCCAAAGCCGUAGAGAAUUAAAACCAUUUUUUUCUAAAAUCAGGCAUUCAAAAAAAUAAUAAUAAUAAAUAAAUAAUUUAUUGAGAUUUGAGAAAUACAAAAAAGGCGAAGUGUAGAGAGAGAAAGCUUGGGGUUGCUGCUUCUAGAGAGAGAGAGGGGAGAGAAACAGUCUUCAGAGAGUUGAUCUAACACACAGCUUUUUCUUCAUCAAUAUCAAAAACAAAACCUAGAGAGAGAGAGAGAGAGAGUCUUGAAAGAGAAAGAAAGAGAGAGAGCGGUGGUCGGAAUUUGCUGCCAGUGGUGAUGGCGAUACUGUACGCUCUGGUAGCGAGGGGAUCGGUGGUGCUUGCGGAGUUCACGGCGACGUCCACCAACGCCAGUGCAAUCGCCCGCCAAAUUCUGGAGAAGAUUCCGGGCAACGAUGACUCACACGUGUCUUACUCUCAGGACCGAUAUAUCUUCCACGUCAAGCGCACCGACGGCCUCACCGUCCUCUGUAUGGCCGACGAAACCGCCGGCAGAAGAAUACCUUUUGCAUUUCUUGAAGAUAUUCAUCAAAGAUUUGUGAGAAAUUAUGGCCGUGCAGUCCAUUCUGCCCAAGCUUAUGCCAUGAAUGAUGAAUUUUCAAGGGUUUUGAGUCAGCAAAUGGAAUAUUAUUCAAAUGAUCCUAAUGCUGAUAGGAUAAAUCGCCUAAAAGGUGAAAUGAGUCAGGUGCGUAAUGUCAUGAUAGAGAAUAUUGAUAAAGUUCUGGAGAGAGGCGAUCGCUUAGAAUUGCUGGUUGAUAAAACUGCUAACAUGCAAGGAAAUACCUUCCGCUUCAGGAAGCAAGCCCGUCGUUUCAGAAGCACAGUGUGGUGGAGAAAUGUAAAGCUUACGGUUGCUUUGAUACUCCUGUUGCUAGUGAUUAUUUAUGUUGUACUUGCUUUCGUCUGCCAUGGACUUGCACUACCUUCCUGUUUGAAGUGAGGGAAAUCCAUCCCAAGAGGCCUACAUGCCAUCCCUGCAAAAUUCCAAGAUGGUUUUGCUCUAAAGACAAGAUGGCAGCUAGAAAUUCAGAUAAUAAUGCCCCUUACAGCAUCGUUGCACUUUAAACUUCUUACACUUCUUUUCAAUACUAAAUUGUCCCCCUUUCUUAUUUUUUUUAUUUUUUUACGAAGAAAGGAUUCAAACCUUACCACCAAAUUGCCUCGGAGACGACAUCAUUACACUAGAUACUUCGCUUGUAGGACAACCGAUUGGACACGUUACUAUUAUUUGCAUCAUCAUCAUCAUCAUCAUAUCAUAGUUCAUUAAAUAUAUUAGCUACCAAAGCUUACUGAAUAUGAAAAUCUGCCACAUUGGAGGCACUUAGAAAAUAAUAA